AUGUCUUCCAGUGAACCAGUCGAGGAGGAGAAAGUGAUUGUCAAGCAGGACUUCAGCUAUGGUGAUCACGAGCUCCAGAAAUUGAGUGUAUAUCAUCACUUUGGGACAGAAUCAAAACAAGAAAAUGGGCUGUGGAUCAUCUACAUCCACGGCGGCGCCUGGCGCGACCCAACCGUGACCGACACCUCAUUUCUCCCCACCAUCCGCCAUCUUUACUCCCCUUCAAAUCCAUCAUCAUUCCUCAAUCUCAUAACUUCCCACAUCACCGCCUUCGCCUCCCUCUCCUACCGCCUCUCCCCCCACCCCUCACACCCCCAAUCCCCAACCACACCAGCCACCUCCCUCCGCUCCGCAACCCACCCAGACCACCUCCUCGACAUCCUAACCGGCAUCUUCUUCCUCCAAUCCAAAUACAGCUUCGGCAGCAAGUACCUCCUCAUCGGCCACUCCUGUGGCGCCACAUUGGCAUACCAAUCUCUCAUUCGAGAUCAACUGCUUGAGUCAAUCCUGUCAAGUAUCAAAUUCCAGCCCCCAGAAAUCGUCGUUGGUGUAGCUGGUAUCUACGAUAUGCGGCUCCUUAGAGACAACAACUCGCACCCUGCGUAUCAAGAGUUUCUAGUCAGUGCGUUUGGCGAGGAUGAGAAAGAGUGGGAUAGAGCGUCGCCGGCGGAUGGGAGGUAUGAUUUUUUGAGGGGGUGGAAGGAGGGGAGGAUGGCGGUGCUGGUUAGUUCUAGUGGGGAUGAGUUGGUGGAUGAGGCGCAGAUUGAGUGUAUGGGGGAAAAGUUGGAGGGUUUGAGAGGGAGUGGGAGUGGUGAUGGUGUGAAGGUUAGGAUUUUGAAGGGUUUUCUUGCGCAGACUCAUAAUGGGAUUUGGGAAGGUGGUGAAGGGUUGGCGGAUGUGAUAAUUGAGGUAUUGAGGGUCUGGGUGGGUGGUGAUAAGUGA